AAGUUGUUUUCAAAAUUAUUUACAAACAUCAACGAUCUAAACAAACCCAAAUAAAAAUAAAUUAAUGCGCAACAAAAAAUAAACAACAAAUUAAUAAUCAUUUUUUCAAAAAAAUAUAAAAGAAAAAAACUAUUCAAAAAAUGUCUCAGCAUGGCGCGGCUUUGCAAACUUACAAUCAAGAACUUGUCAAGUGCUUAGAAGACGUAAAAUGUAAAAGAGCGAGUUUGCAAGCCGAGAUAGAUAUUGAAGAAGAAGAAAAACAUAUUCUAGAACGUGAAAUUAAAAAAAUGCAACAUAAAUUAUCGCAAAUAAAUGACAGUCUCAAUAAAAAAAUUUUAGUAAGAAAUGAGUAUAAUAGAAUUAUUGCAGACACAGAAGCUCAUUACAUGAAGAUUGUCGAUAGCUCGCAAAUGCUUUUAGCUGUUGUCCAACGUGAAACAUCAACAUUGGAUCAAUCAUUGAGAAAAUCAACGACAGACAAGUCACAAUUACACCCUCAAUGACCGAUAACUCAUUUAAAGUAAUAGAUAAUUUAACAAUUACGUAUUUAUUAAUUAUGACUGAUGAUUCAAGCCAUCAGUGACUAAGUAUUUAAUUUAUUUUUAAAAAUGAAAGUACAAAAAAUUGUAAAUAACUAAAAUUUUAUGAUAGACUUUUAUAAAAUAUAUUUUGAAACAUUUUUACAUAAACAUAUCACUAGACUACGGUGUAAUUGUUCAUAUUUAGUGAUUUAAAAGUUAAGUUUUAGGAUUAAGACCAAUUACACUCAAGUAUU